CAUAGUAGGACUGUUGGGGAUCUGUCCAGGAGGGAGAGGGAGGGAGAGAGAGAGAGAGAGAGAGAGAGAGAGAAUGUGUUGCAUUCUUCAAGUAGGUUAGUGGUUGUGAAAGGGGGUAUCCACUGUCUCCACUGAAUCUCUUCUCCCCCAGUUAUUUUCUGGGACACUGCACUAUACAACUUUAUUUGACGGCAGAACAUUCAGAGGCUGUAAGCUUACGAACGCCGUUACAGAAUCACCCACCACAAACGGACCGAGUGGCGUGGUUACAGGCAGCAACAGCAGGAGCAGCGAAGGGAGGACGUUAUGGACAGCAAUGGCAUGGAGUAUACGACGUGGGAAGAAAUCGACAGGUGGGCGGCCGACCCAGAGAGAGUGCAGGAGCCCGCCUGGGAUUCCCUGCAGCAAUGCGAAGAGGGCUAUAGGCGAAUGGAGUCAAAAAGGAAGAACGCUGGCUAAAACGGAGAGGCGCUGGUAUAAACAGGCAGCGACAGCUGGAGCAGCAAAAGGAGGAUGAAGUAUUCGGAGAAUGGACAUGGGAAGACGUGUUGGAUGGUAAAGGUUGUUACACUUGGGAGGAGAUAUUGGCCGGAAGAGAUCGCCUCCCAUGGGAACAGGUGGAGGCACUAAGGAGAGCAGAGGCAGCCGGAGAUAGGAGCCGAAGAUACGAGGGAACACGGUUGGCAAGGAAGCCCGUAAAGCAGCCCCAAAAAAAUUAUUGGGGGGUGGCUAGAAGGGAGUAUAGCUAUGCCAGGUAGGAGACCUGCGCAAACUCCCUGUGCUCACCGUUGGGCUAGAGAGACCGGGCAGGCAUCGUGUUAUGCUAUGGAGUGCACAGUGUUUCCAGUGCGGGAACAUAGCCCGGUGCGGCACAUACCAGCCCUUCCUAUUGGCCGGGCUAGAGUGGGCAUCGAGCCAGGUAAGCUUGGGCAGGCUCGGUGCUCAAGAGCUCCAGUGCGCCUGCACGGUCCGGUCUAUCCAGAGCCACCUCCACACACCAGUCCUCCGGUAGCAGCUCCCCGCACCAGGCUUCCUGUGCGUGUCCUUGAUCCAGUACCACCAGUUCCAGCACCAUGCACCAGGCCUUCAGUGCGCCUCGCCUGUUCAGCGCAGCCAGCGCUUUUCUCCUCUCCUGCGCUGUCGGAGUCUCCCGCCUAUUUUGCGCAGCCAGAGCCUUUCUCCUCUCCUGCGCUGCCGGAGUCUCCCGUCUGCCCAGCACCGCCAGUCUGCCCAGCGCCGCCAGUGCUCCCAGUCUGCCCAGCGCCGCCAGUGCUUCCAGUCUGCCCAGCGCCGCCAGUCUGCCCAGCGCCGCCAGUGCUCCCAGUCUGCCCAGCGCCGCCAGUGCUCCCAGUCUGCCCAGAGCCGCCAGUGCUCCCAGUCUGCCCAGCGCCGCCAGUGCUCCCAGUCUACCCAGCGCCGCCAGUGCUCCCAGUCUGCCCAGCACCGCCAGUGCUCCCAGUCUGCCCAGCGCCGCCAGUGCUCCCAGUCUGCCCAGCGCCGCCAGUCUGCCCAGCGCCGCCAGUGCUCCCAGUCUGCCCAGCGCCGCCAGUGAGCCCAGCGCCGCCAGACAACCAGUCUCUUCCAGAUCUGCCAGACAACCAGUCUCUUCCAGAUCUGCCAGACAACCAGAAUCUUCCAGAUCUGCUUGUCAACCUGAAUCUUCCAGUUCCGCCAGCCAGCCAGGAUUUACCGGAGCCUACUACCUGCCUGAGCUUCAUCUCAGUACUGGGCUUCCUCUCAGUACUGGGUUUCCUCUAAGUACUGGGUUUCCUCUCAGUACUGGGUUUCCCCUCAGUCCCGGGCUGCCCCUCAGUCCCGGGCUGCCCCCCUGUCCCGAGCUGCCCCUCUGUCCCGAGCUGCCCCUCUGUCCCGAGCUGCCCCUCUGUCCCGAGCUGCCCCUCUGUCCCGAGCUGCCCCUCAGUCACUAGCUGCCCCUCAGUCCAGUGGGGAUCUGGGUGAGGACUAUUAGGCCAUGGUCGGCGGCGAGGGUGGAUUACCCCAGGACGCGAAGGGGAGGAACUAUUACAUUAAUGGAGUGGGGUCCACGUCCCGAGCCGGAGCCGCCACCAUGGACAGACGCCCACCCGGACCCUCCCUAUGGUUUUGAGACGAACGCCGUUACAUACGGAAGUAUAAACACCAUGGGACCACGCAGCCGCCAUACCGCUCAGGAAGGAGACGCGUUCUGUCUCCUAGAGAUGAACGUACUUUUCAAUAGCAGAACAACAGCAAAGUACCUUGUGAAGAUGCUGGAGGAAACAGGUACAAAAGUAUCUAUAUCCACAGUAAAACUAGUCCUAUAUCGACAUAACCUGAAAGGCCGCUCAGCAAGGAAGAAGCCACUGCUCCAAAACCGCCAUAAAAAAGGUUUGCAACUGCACAUGGGAACAAAGAUCGUACUUUUGGGGAAAUGUCUUCUGGUCUGAUGAAACAAAAAUAGAACUGUUUGGCCAUAAUGACCAUCGUUAUGUUUGGAGGAAAAAGGGGGAGGCUUACAAGCCGAAGAACACCAUCCCAACUGUGAAGCACGGGGGUGGCAGCAUCAUGUUGUGGGGGUGCUUUGCUGCAGGAGGGACUGGUUCACUUUACAAAAUAUAUGGCAUCAUGAGGAAGGACAAUUAUGUGGAUAUAUUGAAGCAACAUCUCAAGACAUCAAUCAGGAAGUUGAAGCUUGGUCGCAAAUGGGUCUUCUGAUGACCCCAAGCAUACUUCCAAAGUUGUGGCAAAAUGGCUGAAGGACCAGCAAAGUCGAGGUAUUGGAUUGGCCAUCCCAAAGCCCUGACCUCAAUCGUAUAGAAAAUUUGUAGGCAGAACUGAAAAAGUGUGUGUGAGCAAGGAGGCCUACAAACCUGACUCAGUUACACCAGCUCUGUCAGAAAUGGGCCAAAAUUCACCCAAUUUAUUGUAAGAAGCUUGUGGAAGGCUACCUGAAAUGUUUGACCCAAGUUAAACAAUUUAAAGGCAAUGAUACCAAAUACUAAUUGAGUUUAUGUAAACUUCUGACCCACUGGGAUUGUGAUGAAAUAAAUAAAAGCUGAAGUAAAUCACUUUCUCUACUAUUAUUCUGACUUUUCACGUUCUUAAACAAAAUGACCUAAGACAGGGAAUUUUUACUAGGACUAAAUGUCAGGAAUUGUACAAAAAAACUGAGUUUAAAUGUAUUUGACUAAGGUGUAUGUAAACUUCCGACUUCAACUGUAUCCUCUCUACCUCUAUCUAUCCUCUCUACCUCUAUAUCUAUCCUCUCUACCUCUAUAUCUAUCCCCUCUACCUCUAUAUCUAUCCUCUCUACCUCUAUAUCUAUCCUCUCUACCUCUAUAUUUAUCCUCUCUACCUCUAUAUUUAUCCUCCCUACCUCUAUAUUUAUCCUCUCUACCUCUAUAUCUAUCCUCUCUACCUCUAUAUUUAUCCUCUAUCCCUCUAUAUUUAUCCUCUCUACCUCUAUAUUUAUCCUCUCUACCUCUAUCUAUCCUCUCUACCUCUAUAUCUAUCCUCUCUACCUCUAUAUUUA